AUGCCGCUUUUAAGUACAUUGGCAGCUUUGGUGAUCAUUGUACAUUCGACCGAGGAAGACUAUGAAGAAUACCGAAGAGAAUUACGACCUAGGACUAUUGACACGGGCACAACUGAUUAUGAAUUGCCAUGGAGAGCUGUAAAGAUAGAACCGAUGAUGACACAAUCAACACAAUCGGACACGUGGGAUGGUUCCCCACAGAAUCCACCAAAACGUCGCAGUCCUUUGCGAAAACGCAGGCGUCGACCACAAUCGCAUCCCGCUGAAAGUUCUUUGGAACAACGAGAAUAUCGACCCUACAAUGAAGGCUACAGACCUCUUACAGAGAUGCCACAACGCCGUCGUAAAAAGAUCAUGCCAAAUCAGAAAGGGAAUAAUGAACCAAUAGAAAAAGGAAGGCCGUUACGAAGAAAAGGGUUAAGGAGAAAGGUACCAGAUCUGGAGCCGUGGCAUGAAUUGAGUGAAUUCAGUGAUAUCCCCUCCGAUGAAAACCUUGAUAUGGUCGAAGGAAAUCAAAAACAAGAAAUUGUGAACUACGAACCCGAGUUUGAAAAUAAUGAUAGCCAUGAACCACGCCUAAGCUUAAGUCAACUUUACAAAGAAGAACAGAACCGUAAUCCCGAGGCAACGGGAGACGCAACCGAAGAAGACAAUGAAGACGAUCCAUCCCAGUUUGCAGUUAAUAAAGAAAACGAGUAUGAAGAGCAAAUUAUACCUCAAAUAAAGGAAGACAAAUCGCUAUCAGAGUUUUCGUUAGAAAGUGGUAAUCCCGCACAAAUCACGAAAAAUAAAAAUGGACAAGGAACACAUUUUAAAGAAAAUCUGAAUGAUGUUAAAGAACAAAAACCGCUCGAUCCAAUAUCUUUGAAGGAAAUAUUAAAGAAGUCGAAUGGAAAAAGUUUAAAAAGAGUGACUAUGUUAGAAGACUUCAUGACAACCGAGACAUCAACAAUAGCCGUAACUCAGAGGUCUACAAAACGAUCUAGAACAAGAGAAAAACCAAAAUCAUCCACAACAAUGGUACCAACACUACAAGCAAUGACUACUGAGACGGCAAAGAUAGAAAUAGAAGAAAUUCUCAAUGAUACUUUAGCUAGUGUCCGAUUAUCAAAAAUAUUGAUGGAAAGAAAUAUGACAUUUAAUGAAUUAGUGGAACAUAGAGAGCGCGGCUCGAGUCAUGUACAUCUGGCAGAUAUAUUCCACAACGCGUCGAAGGAGCCAAAUCCACCGGAACCGUUCCUUUCCAAAUCCCUUAUUGAGCCAAUAUCGAAGGAAACAUAUCCUUUAAGAGCGCUCCUGGAAGCAAAUUCACACAAUUCUACAAUAAAGCCUACAACAGUUGAACCGUAUUUAUUAUCACCUCACUAUAUUAAUAUACCAAUAACAAUGGAUUUUGGUAACAACGUUAAUGAAAACGGUGAAAACACUGGUAUUACAGCAUUAUUCAAUAACUUCACAAAAACUGUUGAGAAAAUUAAUAACAAUGAAGCUGAUAAUACUAACAAGAAUAUGGAAGAACCUGACAUCAAUUUAGCUAACGCAACAUCUCGACAAGGCCGCGUGAUAGGCAACGAACAAGAUUUAGUUACGCUAAAUGAAAUAUUUUCUCUUAUGCAAAAAAGUCAGAACCUUACCGACGAGUCACUAGCAAUUACAAAUGAAAUAGGGUCAGAGGAAAAAUCAGUCACAGAUACUGCUUUAGAAGAUAUAGAUGGAGAUGGUCUUAUAGCUUUGGAAGAUUUGCAACACAUUAAACAUUUUAAACAAAACACAGAUUUUAUUAGUGGAAAUGUAGAACAUGACAUACUGGAGAGUCUAAAAGUGACACCAACAAUCAGCAUCCCAGAAAUAAUACAUAACAACACAAGAUCUAUAACUGUAGUAACUGCAAGUAUAGUGGGUCUUAUUGCAGUUUUGUUUCUAUUGACAUAUGCUGCAUUUAAAUGGAAAAAUCAGCAGCAAGUUUAUCAGAGGAAACAAUGUAUUGCUGAAGAGAUAAUUCCUACACCGGUGUUCGAAAAUCGUAAGAGCAAUAAAAAUAGCAGUAUGCGAAGUAUGAGUCCAAUGCUGUCUUCAAAUAUUUAUUCAGUUAACACUUUAGAAAAACCCAAAAAUAAUAAUUGUCCUGAAUACAUGUGGGAUUGCACAAGAAAUCCAUUUCAA